UUUUUACUUAAAACCAAACUUUUUAUUAUGUUAAUUUAAAAAACAAAAGGUACUAAUUUAUAUGAACAAUGGCGUGCUAAUAUUCAUCGAGAAUUAGAAGAAGAUCUUCAACGACAAGUUCGAGAACUUCUUGAAGAAACUGAACGAGAAGAACGUUUAGCUAAAUUACAACGACAAUUUAUUCGUUAUCGUCCUCUACCAGAUUUAUCAAUAAAUACAGAUCAACAAAUAAAUAUUAAUCCAUCAAUUUAUAUUAAUAAAUAUAUCAAUAAACAAUCAUCUUUUAUGUCAAUUAAUAAUGAUUCAACACUUUUAUAUGGAAAUAGUAUUAUUAAAUCUAAUAAAGCUACUAUUUUAAAUAUAUUUGAUCAACAAUUAUUAGAUGGACAUUCAACAAAUACUUAUGUUAAUAAACAUGGAAUUAUAAUUGAUGAAGAUGGUCCAUUUUGA